GCAACAAAUAAAAGUUAGAGAGAGAAACCUACAGCUAGAUAUAUAGAUGCAGAGAUAGAGUGUGUCUGUGUGUGUUUGAGCCUGAUAAAAAGCAUAAAUUUUUCUCCGGCUCUUUCAGGGGGUGUGCGGGUUUUGCAACAGUGGAUGUGUUUACCUUUCUCUCUCCGUCUCUAUCUUGUCGCUUGUUAUUAUUUUUAUCAUUAUCGUUUGCCUUCUCAAAUCUCCAGCGAAGCAUCAGUUCUGGUCCUGAGCGUUUAAGUCGAUUGGUGUUUUGUGGUCUAAACCUUGUGACAUAGCGGCGAAUCCUAUCUUGCACCGAUGAGGAUCCGCAAAAGUCAGCUCUUUUUCCCUUUUUCCUCCCUCUCUCCGGCUCCCCUCUCAGAUCCCCACCUGAUCAACCCCUCUCCGGUGGUGCAACUCGACGACGAUAUCGUUCUCCCUCCUAAACCUUCCCCUCCGUCUACCUUAUCAGAUCAUCCUCGCCCGUCUGAUCAGCUACUCCCUCCGAUCGGCAGGCCUACCGACCUCUCCGAUGAUCCCUCCGGCGUCGCAGCCGUGGCCACGGAUAGUGGAGCUCACCGUCAGCCCCAAAAACAAUAUGGUUUGGAGGAAGAUGGGAGAGGUCCAGGAGAGGAAGGAGAGAAGGGUAAUGAUACCAGCAGGAAAGGGAGCAUAUCGGGUUCGCAAACAGUCGCUGAUCACGUCCUCUCACCCUCAAGUCCUUCUAAUCAAGAUGAGAGAUGGUGCGAGGGAGAGAGAGCGAUUCCACUGAAGAAAAGAAGAGGGAGCUUCGAGAGGACAAAGGUGGAGGAGUACGACGAGGUGACACAGAAUAAUAACAAGAAGGAGAAAACUAGGAUGAAGACGAAGAUGAACAAGAAAUGCUCGAGGCAAAACGAAGAUGAUAACGAAGACGACGUGGGAGAAGGAGGAGGAGAAAGAGAAACGAAACGGGAGCGAAACGCGGGCAGGAAGAGGGCGAGGGGUAGUGCAGUCAUGGAAGGGUCGAGGUGCAGUCGUGUGAACGGAAGAGGGUGGAGGUGUUGCCAGCAAACUCUCGUGGGUUACUCGCUGUGUGAGCAUCAUCUGGGCAAGGGACGGCUCAGGAGCAUCACUAGUGUCAAAACCCGAUCCGUUCCUGCCUCUGCGACUUGUUCUCGGAAACCGGAGCCUCACAUGUUAUCGCAAGUUUCAACUUCUUCGUCUUCUGUUCUAAAGCAAACCAAUGAGGCGGAACAAGACCAAGUGGAGAAGAAGCCGGAAACAAUGCCGAAGAAGAGGAUGAAGCUUGGUGUGGUGAAAGCGCGAUCCAUAAGCAGCCUACUUGGACAAACCAACACCCGUGUUGCUGCACUCGAUCGAGAAUAACAAGUAAGGCGUGAAGCAACAUACAAAACCUACUGCCCAAAGCUAUUAUUUCAUGCAACGAAGUUUAAUUACUAUAGGACUUUGUAUAUUAAUGGAGUGCAAUUGCUUUUGGUUCGACUGACUUUCAUCACCAUGUAUUUCCCAUGCCAUUGUGUUUCUUGUUUUGUCCCUUCCACACAAACACAUAAAUAUAGUGUUGCUUGCUUACUUGGCUUGGGUUA